AUGACAACACAAAUGGAAGAUGUUGAAGAAAAAGUUAUUAAUGAAGAAUAUAAAAUUUGGAAAAGACAUACACCAUUUCUUUAUGAUAUGGUUAUAACUCAUGCACUUGAGUGGCCAUCACUUACAGUUGCAUGGCUACCUGUAAAAACAUCACAACCAAAUAAACCAUAUAGUAUUGAAAAAGUUAUUUUAGGUACACAUACAUCAGAUGAAGAACAAAAUUAUUUAAUGGUAGCAAAAGUUCAUUUACCAGUUGACGAAGCUUCAAUUGAAUCUUUAAAAUAUGAUGAUACUAAAGGUGAGGUUGGUGGUAUUGGUAAUGUUUCAGAAAAAAUUGAAAUUAUUCAAAAGAUUAAUCAUGAAGGUGAAGUUAAUAGGGCAAGAGUUAUGCCACAAAAUCAUAGUAUUAUAGCAACUAAAACAGUAUCAUCAGAGGUUUAUAUAUUUGAUACAACCAAACAUCCAUUGGAACCAACACCUGAUGGUAAAUGUUCACCAAAUUUAAAGUUAACAGGUCAUAAGAAAGAAGGUUAUGGUAUAAGUUGGAAUCCAAGAAAGGAAGGUCAUCUUUUGAGUUGUUCAGAUGAUCAAUCAAUUUGUAUGUGGGAUAUUUCAGCAGCAUCAAAAUCAGAUUCCACUUUGGAUGCAUUAAACAUUUACAAUGGUCAUACAUCAAUUGUUGAAGAUGUAGCAUGGCAUUAUAUUCACGAUACAUUUUUUGGAUCAGUAGGCGAUGAUAAGAAACUUAUGAUUUGGGAUACUCGUACUGGAACAAAACCAAUUCACGUUGUUGAAGCACAUAAUAGCGAAGUCAAUUGUUUAUCAUUCAAUCCAUUUUGUGAGUUUUUAGUUGCAACUGGUUCAACCGAUAAGACCGUUGCUCUUUGGGAUAUGCGUAAUUUAGGUAAUCGUCUUCAUUCUUUAAUCUCUCAUACUGAUGAAGUGUUUCAAGUUCAAUUUUCACCACAUAAUGAAACGGUUUUGGCAAGUUGUGGUUCUGAUCGUCGUGUAAACGUUUGGGAUCUCUCUAGAAUAGGUGAAGAACAAAACAAUGAAGAUGCUGCCGAUGGUCCACCAGAACUUUUAUUCAUUCAUGGUGGUCAUACUAGUAAAAUUUCAGACUUUUCUUGGAAUCCAAAUGAUCCUUGGUCAAUUGCUUCCGUUGCUGAAGAUAAUAUUCUUCAAAUUUGGCAAAUGGCUGAAAAUAUUUAUAAUGAUCGUGAAGAUGAUCUUGAAAAUAGUAAAGUUACAAAUGCUCAAAUUGGUGAAUGA